UGGGGGAGAACAUGGGCCUUUCCUGGCCAAGCUGUGGCUUCCCUGGCAAUAUGAGUCCUUAAGGACUUCAUGGGUUUCUUAUCUUCUUCUAGUCAGUGCCACACGCCAGUGAACACGUCCAAAUUCUGUUGUGGAGCAGGUUCCUAAGCAUACCUUAUCUCCUAGCCUCUGCACUUGGGUCAUCUCUCUUCUCUUCAGUCACGUGGUGUCUCCUUUGAGGUCCUCUUCUGACCUGUACAACAGGUCUGCCUUGUGUUCAACAGCAGCGCUUUAUUGGGAAGUCUUCAGGAGAGGCUGUGAUACCAUUUUCUACUCUGGGGAUGUUCAAUUCUUCACCACGAUGAAUGAGUGCCAUUAUGAUAAGCGGAUGGACUUUUUUUAUAAUAGGAGCAACACUGACACUGCUGAUGAGUGGACAGGAACCAAGCUUUUGAUCGUUUUGUGUGUUGGAACAUUUUUCUGCCUGUUUAUUUUUUUUUCUAAUUCUCUGGUCAUCGCAGCUGUGAUCAAAAACAGAAAGUUUCAUUUCCCAUUCUACUACCUGUUGGCCAACUUAGCUGCUGCAGAUUUCUUUGCUGGAAUCGCCUACGUCUUCCUGAUGUUUAAUACGGGCCCAGUUUCAAAAACGUUGACUGUCAACCGCUGGUUUCUCCGCCAGGGGCUUCUGGACUCUAGCUUGACUGCCUCCCUGACCAAUCUGCUGGUUAUUGCUGUGGAGAGGCACAUGUCAAUCAUGAGGAUGCGGAUCCACAGCAACCUGACCAAGAAGAGGGUGACGCUGCUCAUUUUGCUUGUCUGGGCCAUCGCCAUCUUCAUGGGAGCAGUCCCCACGCUGGGCUGGAAUUGUCUCUGUGACAUCUCUACCUGCUCAUCCCUGGCCCCGAUUUACAGCAGGAGUUACCUCAUUUUCUGGACUGUGUCUAACCUCGUGGCGUUCUUCAUCAUGGUUGUGGUGUACCUGCGGAUCUACAUGUACGUCAAGAGGAAGACCAACGUCUUGUCUCCCCACGUAAGUGGCUCCAUCAGCCGCCGGAGAACACCCAUGAAGCUCAUGAAGACAGUGAUGACUGUCUUAGGGGCAUUUGUGGUCUGCUGGACCCCAGGCCUGGUGGUGCUGCUCCUGGACGGCCUGAACUGCACUCAGUGCGGCGUGCAGCACGUGAAGAGGUGGUUCCUGCUGCUGGCACUGCUCAACUCCGUCAUGAACCCCAUCAUCUACUCGUACAAGGACGAGGACAUGUACAGCACCAUGAAGAAGAUGAUCUGCUGCUUCUGCCAGGAGAACAGCCCCGAGAGGCGCCCCUCCCGGGUGCCCUCCACGGUCCUCAGCAGGAGCGACACGGGCAGCCAGUACAUAGAAGACAGCGUUAGCCAAAGCACAGUCUGUAAUAAAAGCAGCAGCUCCUAAGCUGUGGCUGCCCCUGGGGUGACCUGUCUCCACCAAAGCCCAUGGACAGUGUUAUUUGAGGUCUGAAUUGAUCACUGCUAGAUUUAGAUUUUUUUUUUAAUAUUGUCUUCCAUAAUUUCAAAGCAGGGACACCGGGCGUUUUGAGAACACGCACGGUGGAUUUCUGCUUGUCCUGGGAAGUGCUCAGAGCAUCUGCCCACCCCGCCGGCGCUCUGGGCUCUGCUGCCUCCACCAGAGGAUGUUGUUAAAGGGCUCAGGCCAAAAUAAAUGAUAAAUAAUGUUACUUGAGCCACCUUAGGUAGCUUCUUGGAAAGCCUCUGUAGUCCUUCUUGUAUGCAUUUGUACUUUUUAGAGAUGCUUGGGCAAUAGUUUUUUUCCCCAUCAAAGAAACAUGGCCAGUAGCUAAGUGUUCAAUAGGAACCUAAGAAUAACAAAUCCGUUAAAGGCUCCAGAUUCAACCUGAUGUUUAACUAAAGGAACAUUCCGAGGAAAAUACUGACUUAAUAAUAACAAACAAGGGAAACGUUUAAAGCCUCCUUGGGAGUGAAACAGGCCUCAGUGUGCUGCUCCGAGUGUGCACACGUGUGCAGAUGUGUGUGCCUGUGUGUGUGUUUAUAUGACCUAACUUUGUGUUUAAAGACUCCAGAGACACUGAUGGCGAAGUAAAUCUGCUGGCACCGAGACUGCUCCAUCGAGGACAGUAGCUGCAGACACAGCCUGUUGUGGUCUAAGAGAAAGGAGAGAGAGGUGCCCCUUGGAAACUAGCAGUUUCUAGAGAGCCGAGUCAACGCUGUGCGGAUGAGCAAGGUUAUCUGCGGAUGAGCAGGCCGGAUCCCUAGCAGAGAGCCUCAGCUGGGAGCUUCGCUUCAGCCCUUGUGUUUCAACCACUGAUGGCUGCUCAGACCGUAUACGUGGGCGCUUUUCACGUCUCCUAUUUUGCCCAGAGUUAUCCACGUGUUUCUUGCACUUGUCUUACUUGUGGGCAGAAUUUUGCCGUGGGUUCUAUUUUGAAUUCUCCUUCGAAGAUCUAAGAAGGUAAGGUAAAGGGCAAGUUGGCCAAGAAGAAAACGCAAGGUUGCACUCCCGAAAGCUACUGACCAAAGUUGGCUGUGGAAGCACUCAGAGUGUGUUCUGACCUAAAGGAAGAAGAACAUCCAGGCAGAUAUGAUCGUAUUUAUGUAGUUUGCAGAAGACGUUUACAUUGUUUGCUGUUGUGAUAUAACAUUUUUGUGCAAGAACUACUUGUAAUAAAAAGAUUUGAGAAGCCAUGCUUUUAGAUAGAAUGGCCUAAAAUAGAGAGUAUAAUGAUUUGAAAGUAUAGAUUUCACAAACUGUGUAGUCAGUGGGUCUAUCUGAAGCUUAUAUCAAAGCUACCUGUAAAAUAAAAUUUUAAAAAGAUGUG